GGAUUUGGAGAGGGAGACAGGGAAAGCAGCACUAACAGCAGGAGGAGGGAUCAUAGGCUUCAUGACUAAACUUCUUCUAACAGAGGGGCGGGGAGAGGAAAGGGAGGGACGAGAAGAAAAAAAACCCUGCAUGUUAAGUCCUGAGGAAAUGCUGUGGGAACUCAGGCCAGUUUUUUUUUUUUUUUUUUUUGGUAUGUUUGUUUUCUCCCCUCGUGUAACUGAGAGGAAGGAAAGGAAGAAAGAGAAGUAGCAAAUCCAAAUGUGCCUUACUCUGCUGUGGCUAGGGCUAGGGGGGUUGGUGUGGAGGAUCUAAUUUCUGGUCAGUGGCAGCAAAAGGAACAGAGACAGACACACGGACAUGUCCAUCUCAGCAGGCGGUUGGCUGGUUCUCUGCCUUUUCAUGGCUGACAAACAGUUAUCACUACAAAUCUCUCUGGCCUGUGAAAGUGAGCAACGCUAUGAAUAUUCUGGACGAUGCUGCACAAAGUGUGAACCAGGAAAGUACAUGUCUGCCAAAUGCAAUGCCACUUCCGAGACUGUGUGCCAGCCUUGCGGCCCAAACGAAUAUAUGGAUGUCUGGAAUGAAGAAGACAAAUGUUUACUACACAGAAUCUGUGAUGAGGGGAAAGGUUUAAUAGAAGUGAAUCCAGGAAAUAGCACGUUCCAGCGACAAUGUGCAUGUACAUUUGGAUACCACUGCAAUGAAGACUGUGAUUACUGUCUGCGAAAUACAAAAUGUGCUCCAGGUUUUGGUGUUCAGCAUCCUGUGCAACGAGACAAAGACACGCUGUGUGCUCCAUGCCGCUGGGGGUACUUCUCAGACAUCUCUUCAGCCACCGAUGAGUGUAAAUCCUGGACCAACUGCACAGCUCUGGGAACUGCAGAAGGAGUCCCUGGGACUGAUCGGUCAGAUGCAGUUUGUGUGGAGCCUACCAUGUCUGUACAACCACAAGAUGAAACAAACAAGAUCUUGUAUGUUCUGACUGUUCCAAUCCUCUUUGUGACAUUAACCAGCAUUAUCAUCCUUAUUGUAUAUUACAAAAACAAGGGGAAAAAACUGACAGCAGAUCUACAGCACUGGGCUAAUGAAGUAUGCGGCCAAAUAAAAGGGACGAAGGAAUCUCCCAGAGAUCCUGUCAAUACAAACAUGGUGAAUGCUAUGAGUCCUCAGCCUUCUGAAGGAAUAUAUUUGCUAACCCUUGAUGACUACGGUUUUUCUGAAGACAUGGGUUGCCCAAAUGGGCACACUCUCUAUGGGAAAGGCAGCCCAGAUACAGUCCACUAUGAACUGAGAGAAAACAUCCCAACAUGGUCAUCCUCAGACUCGGUUACUAAAGACAAUUUCAAGCAGAUUCCUAUGGAAGAUGAAUAUGUAGAUAGAGCUCCCCAUGCCCAUGGUUUUUUACCAUUAUUGAGUCGGCCAGACAGUAAACCCAUGACACCAUUUUCAGAGCCACUGGAGGUAGGAGAGAAUGACAGCUUAAGUCAGUGCUUCACAGGAACUGAAAGCAUGGUGGAUUUAGCUGGCUGCUAUAGCUCUGAUCUAUCAUAUGGAGUGGACUGCAGCCAUGCAUCCUCAGACAAAUACUUACAGAAAUCUUGCCCUUGCACCUGUAGUCAUAUGAAGGAUAUGGAGAGAAAGGACACAGAUCGCUUCCCUGUGAACCCAGAGUCAAAGAACAACUGUAUGGGCUGUGGGGUUUCAUCUAGGGAAUUUCCUAAAAAGUGGAGUGAACCCAUGGGUGCAGCAGUUGACUGUACCACAACCUCACUGGAAAAUGGAUUUUAUCCACAAUGUGCCUGUGGCUUGGACUUUCCCUCUGCAGGUCAGAGUACUUUAGCAAGUAAUCCUGGCAAUGAAGAAACUCCCUCUGAAGGUACUGACACAAAGUACCAGAACACAACCAGAAGCACCUCAGGGGCAAACUGUAGCACUUCAGACAUCCCACAAGCAUCGGGAAAUGUGACUGGAAACAGUAACUCUACAUUUAUAUCAAGUGGACAAGUAAUGAAUUUUAAGGGAGAUAUAAUUGUUGUCUAUGUCAGUCAAAACUCCCAAGAGGGGACAACAGUUACUGGAACAGCUGAUGAGAAUGUGGGGAGUCGAAAUGUGACUGGAAACAGUAACUCUACAUUUAUAUCAAGUGGACAAGUAAUGAAUUUUAAGGGAGAUAUAAUUGUUGUCUAUGUCAGUCAAAACUCCCAAGAGGGGACAACAGUUACUGGAACAGCUGAUGAGAAUGUGGGGAGUCCAGUGCAAGAGGAAAAAGCCCAACAAUACAAAGAAAAAUAUGCUGAUAUGAAUCCAGACUACUCUGCAGAAAACGAAGGACUAAAUAGCACAGGGGAAUAUGAGAGACGGCCAGGGCCUGUGGUUCAAGAAGAGACCCAAGACGGUCAAGACAGGAAGUGCUGCCACAGUGGCUCCUUUCAACCUGUGCAAGAGGAGGGAAAACCGGGACAAUUUUCAGAGAAAGCAUUGCACUGA